UUAGCCAUGUGUAAAUCGAGGUCAUAGAUCUCCCACAGAACUCUUCGUACCUCCGAUUUUUUCUUUCACUUGACAGCUUGUUUAAGUGUGGAUGUAAAAUUGUAUUCGUGGCAUUCCUUGAAGUUCAUUCAGUGUAGGAUAGAUCUGUCUGACAAUGUCGGAGAAAAUUUCUCACAGCGCUGUACAAAGGGCCACAAAUGUGGCAUUCCAGAAACACCAUGUCACGAGGGACAAGCGAGGGAAGGUCCUGGGAGCCAAGAAAGGAUUCCGGGGGUGUACAAUAUGGCUGACAGGUCUGUCGGGGGCAGGGAAGACCACAAUUUCGUUUGCCCUGGAGGAGUACCUGGUCAGUCAGGGGAUUCCUGCCUACAGUCUGGACGGGGACAACAUCAGGACCGGGCUCAACAAGAACCUGGGCUUCACCCCUGAGGAUCGCGAGGAAAACAUCCGCCGAAUCUCUGAGGUCGCCAAACUGUUCGCUGAUGGUGGCAUCGUGUGUAUCACUGCCUUCAUCAGCCCCUUUAAAAAGGAUCGUGAGCGUGCCCGAGAACUCCACGAGGCCGCGGGACUGAAGUUUGUGGAGUGUUUUGUAGACACGCCAAUCGAGGUCUGUGAACAACGUGAUGUGAAGGGAUUGUACAAGCGAGCGAGAGCCGGCGAGAUCAAAGGGUUUACCGGAGUAGAUCAAGCCUAUGAGGGCCCAGAUAAUCCUGAGGUGGUUCUGAAGGCCGGCAAAGAGACAGUGGAUGAGUGUGUACAGAACAUUGUGUCUCAUCUCGUGGAUAUAGAGGUGGUACCAACAGGAGCUGUACAGACCGUCAGGGAGUUGUUUGUCCCGGAAAAUCGGAUCGAGGUCACCAGGGCAGAGGCGGAGCAACUACCAGCCCUCAAUAUCAACAAGCUGGAUUUGGAAUGGACCCAGGUUCUAUCGGAGGGCUGGGCCACCCCCCUUAGUGGCUUUAUGAGGGAGAGAGAGUAUCUACAGAGUCAACACUUUGGCUGUUUGUUGGAUGGUGGAGUGACCAACCAGUCGAUCCCGAUCGUUUUGCCUGUGUGUACGGAGGAUAAAGAGAAGCUAGACGGAUGUGCCGCCUUAACUCUGAAAUAUGAGGGCAACAGUGUGGCCAUCUUGCGUAAUCCCGAGUUUUAUCCCCACAACAAAGAGGAGCGCUGCUGUAGACAGUUUGGCACCAGUCACAGAGGUCACCCAUAUGUCAAGAUGAUCUAUGAGAGUGGAGACUGGCUUGUUGGCGGGGACCUGGCUGUGAUAGAGAGAAUAAGAUGGAAUGAUGGACUGGACGAAUACAGACUCACCCCAAUGGAGCUACGCAACAAGUUCAGAGAACUAGGGGCUGAUGCAGUAUUUGCUUUCCAACUACGCAAUCCUAUACACAAUGGUCACGCCUUACUGAUGGCCGACACAAAACGUAGACUGUUAGAGAAAGGGUACAGCAAGCCUGUGCUACUCCUACACCCAUUAGGUGGGUGGACAAAGGAUGAUGAUGCGCCAUUACCUACACGCAUGAAGCAACACAAAGCUAUACUAGACGAGAAAGUCCUAGAUCCAGACUCUACAGUCCUAGCCAUCUUCCCAUCUCCAAUGAUGUACGCAGGGCCAACAGAGGUACAGUGGCAUGCUAAAGCCAGGAUGUCAACUGGGGCUAACUUCUACAUAGUGGGGCGUGACCCUGCUGGCAUGCCUCACCCUGAUGGUACAAGAGAUCUAUUUGAUCAUACACAUGGGGCAAAGGUUUUGACGAUGGCACCAGGGUUAACACAAUUAGAAAUUGUUCCCUUCAGAGUGGCAGCAUAUAACACUAAACUAAAACAGAUGGAUUUCUUUAACCCAGAACGUAAGGAGGACUAUGAUUUUAUAUCGGGGACUCGUAUGAGAAAGCUGGCUAGGGAAGGCCAGAACCCUCCCGACGGAUUCAUGGCUGCUAAGGCCUGGAAAGUCCUGGCCGAGUAUUAUCAGUCUGUUAAAGAAUAACAGGAAGUGACAUCAUCCCACAACAGGAAGUAGGGACCACUAAUUGUAAUUUUAGUCGUUUCUUCCUGCAGGGACCAAUGUCUUUAUAAAUAAUUAUUUUUUUUGUUGAAUUUAUUAUAUAUUUUUUAUUUAUUUAUAUUUUAUGAGCAAAUUAUUUGAAUUUACAUUAUCUUUCUUAUACCAAAAAAUAUAUUAUUAUGAAAAAUAUUAAUUUUUAAAAAAAAAUCACUUUUAUGAUAAAUUUUACUUUUUUCCUUUACUGAAUGUUGGAUAGUUAUUACUGUUAUUCAAUGGUUAUUAAUUGUAAGCAAAUAUUAUUUAGUAGCAUUGAUAAAUUUAUUUUUUAGGUAUAAAAUAUACAUAUUUAACAUGUUUAAUGACACUGCAUGUGGCUACUGCAUACAUAAGGUUGAAUGGGAUUGGGUUGAUUUAAAAACUUUUUUUGUACAUGGGCUUUUUAGGAAUUUUUUUAGACUUGUCAUUUUUCAGUGUGGGAAACAUCAUACAUGCCUAGGUUGUAAAUUGUAUGAUUUAUAAGUGUUUUGCCUUUUUUGUCUGAUAUAUAAUACCUGAGUAUUAUUAUGAUUAUACUGAAUACCUGACCAAUGUCUGUGUUUUGUGUUAUGUACAGUAUUUGACCUUGUUUACCAGGUAAUUUUUAUUGUUUACUACACCGGAUCUACGGCUGCUGUUUAACUGUAUACUGGGAGAGAUAAGUGUUACAAACAUAUAUAAAGAUUAUAUAAACCAGAGGGAUCAAUAAAGUACUUAAAUUAA